UUGUGGAGGAGGCGGUUUUGUGUCACGCACGCAGAAGGUGAUUUUAUUUUUGUUUGUUUUUGAGAAAAGACUCGGACUCGGCGUGAAGUCGAUCAGAGUCGGGAUCUGUGACGGCUCUUCAUGGCAGUCAGAAGGGGACACGUUAGAUACUUAAAAGAGGUGUACGACAUGUCGAACGGUUACGAGGAUCACAUGGUGGACGAGCCGAAAGAUGCCAAGACGAACCUGAUCGUGAACUAUCUUCCACAGAACAUGUCUCAGGAGGAGCUGCGGAGUCUCUUCAGCAGUAUCGGCGAGGUGGAGAGUGCGAAGCUCAUCCGAGAUAAAAUCGCCGGCCACAGUUUAGGGUACGGCUUUGUUAACUAUGUAAACCCUAGUGAUGCAGAAAGAGCAAUCAGUACUCUGAAUGGCCUGAGGCUACAGUCUAAAACCAUCAAGGUGUCGUACGCACGGCCGAGCUCAGACUCCAUCAAAGACGCCAAUCUGUACAUCAGUGGCCUUCCUAAGACCAUGACGCAGAAGGACGUAGAGGACAUGUUCACACGCUACGGGCGUAUCAUCAACUCGCGCGUGCUGGUCGAUCAGGCUUCGGGUGAGCAGGAAACUCUGACUUAUCUACUUUAUCUACCGCUUCUCAUUAGUGCUUUGUUACGACCCUUCCUGUUCCUGUCAGGUCUUUCCCGUGGCGUUGCGUUUAUACGCUUUGACAAGCGCUCCGAGGCGGAAGACGCCAUUAAAGAGCUGAACGGACAGAAACCUCCUGGUGCGGCCGAACCCAUCACUGUCAAAUUUGCUGCCAAUCCCAAUCAGAUCAAAAGCACACAGAUCAUCCCUCAGGUCUAUCACUCACAGUCUCGCCGCUUCGGAGGACCUGUACACCACCAGGCCCAGAGAUUCAGAUUCUCCCCAAUGGGCGUGGACCACAUGAGUAGUCUGUCCGGGGCGAAUGUGAGCGGGGGCACACAGGCUGGGUGGUGCAUCUUCAUCUAUAAUCUGGGUCCAGAUGCAGACGAGGGAAUCCUGUGGCAGAUGUUUGGUCCGUUCGGCGCCGUCACCAAUGUCAAAGUGAUCCGAGACUUCAACACCAACAAGUGUAAAGGCUUCGGCUUCGUCACCAUGACCAACUACGAGGAGGCGGCCGUGGCCAUCGCUAGCCUCAACGGCUACAGACUGGGGGACAAGAUCCUGCAGGUGUCCUUCAAAACCAGCAAGACGCACAAGUAGAUGGACAUCGCUCGGAAAACCACCGUUUUGUAGUUUCAUCUGCUACACACACACACCAUCCUCACACACACCUCCCAUCACUACAUCACUGUACUCAUAACAACUGCUAUAAAGUCGAUCACUUCAAUAUCGUGAUGUAUCGUUUAACUGAUUAUUGCCACAUACCCCUCCCUGUGUGUUUAGUCCAUUUUACACACCGGUCUCUCCAUCCUGUCUCCCCAUUUUUACAUCUAAGGCUGUGACUAAAGUGUAAAAAGUUACACAGAACGGGCAGUCUUGCUAAAAAAAAAAAAUUCAGUCAUGCUAGCAAGCAUUUUUUUUCCUUUUGUAAUAUACUUUCACUUGGCUUAGCCUUGGUAGGAAUUUAAAUUUUUUUCUUUCUUGCAAGCGGGGUUGAAGUCACUUAACACCCCAUCAGUGACCUUUCUCAUGUUUUCUUCUCUUUUUUUCAAACUGCAGGUUACGAGCGAGAUUGUGUUUUGGUACGCGACUACCUGUAUUUCUCUUUGUUUUUCUUCAUAUAUAUUUGUAUUAACCAGUUUGUGUAGUUUUCAGUGCUUGCUGUGUGUAUUAUUGUUAGACACACACACACACACAUGCAGAGGUCACGGCUGGGUUGCAGUGCAGACCUCGGUAUCGGAUCAGAGUUGAUUCUGAUAGCUGUGUUGGAUCCGAACCCGGUUUGGUCCUGUUAAGCAUGGUAAUGGACCUGUGUGUGCUGUUGUCGGCGCCCUCUGCUGUCUAUAUGCGGAACUGCAGCGAAAACAUUGACAUUGAAAGGGGUGGAGUCUGAUUGUGUAUAUGUGGGCGGGGUUAAUUUCAGAAAAAAGUACUAGAUUCAUGUGGGGGUGGGAUGAUUAUUAUUAUUUUUUUUAUUUAAUAAAUCUGUUGAUUUGUAACAUGAACACCACCUCAGUUUAUCCGUUAAAUUCAGCCAUUCUGUCUCGCUGUAACUCCCAUGAGUGUGAUUAUUAUUAUUUUUUUAUUUUUAUUAUAGGAUGUUGUAGGCAUUCUCAAAUCACUGAUUCCCCAUCUGGUCUGAGUACAGUGUUAUAGCAUUUGAUUUCUUCUUUUUUUUUUUUUUUAAAUUCCCCCCUGUUUUUUUGAGGCACUUUCCCUGAUUGAGCCUGUGAAGUGGAAAGUGUGUGUGUUUGUUUCAGCAGUCCUCUAAGUUUAAAAGAAUAAUGAGCGACAGUGAAAGUAAGAAGGACCAAAGACGAGGAAAAUUCCCCUGGAAAAUUUACAGCACGAUGUAGUUCCCCUCUUUUUUCAUUACAACAUCCAAAUUUUUUUUUGUUUGCUUCUUUCUUUUCUUUACUUUGAUGUUUUAUGUGACUUCACUUGUAUUUUUUUCACCCCUCAGUACUAAUCAUAAAACAAGGCCUUUUGAUCUUUUGUUUGUGUUUUUGAGAUUGACAAUUCUGAUCAUUAAAUCUUAUUUUGAUUUGCUGACCAUUUUUGUUUCGUUUCAUUUAUUUCAGAUUUUGUUUGUUUGCUUUCUUUUUACGUCGUAUUACAGCUUUUAUUAUCCCAAAUCAGUUCCGUUAUAUUUGUAUUUGACUCUGUUGUGACACGGUGAAGGGUUAGCUGGGGUUAGAGUUUUAAGCAGCAGGACCAGGACACUGAAAUAUGGCAUUUUGUAAAUAUUUAUUUAAUUUUUAGUGCUGGCGGUCCAGUCCCAAAUCAGUGUUCGUUUUAAUCAUCAGUAGUGCGCAGUGGCAAAAGUCAGUCCCUUGUGGUUUUAAUUACACGAGUAGCAAAUUAAUUAGUUAUUACUUAAUAUUUAAUCUUCAAGGGCACUUCAGGAGGCUGCCUAAGUAGUGAACAAAAGCUAAUGUGUCUUGUUCAGAAUGUGGUACGUGGAAUAAUCUUUAUUUGGGAUGCGUGUCUACAUAUUGACAAUGAAGAGUACUUACUGUGAUGAUGUAAUAAAAACUCAAACCGUGAUUGGCUGAUGUGGUUAAAGUCGAGCUGCUGAUUGUAGGAUUUAUGGUUUAUAAUGAUGUACUCCUGUAGCUAAUCCGGUUCAGCGUAACCAUGGCAACAGCUCUUGUGUUGCCGUGGUUACAGACUUUUUAUAAUAAAGGGUCACUCUUA